AUGAAGCUCAACAUCGCCUACCCAGCCAAUGGGUCCCAGAAAUUGAUUGAUAUUGACGACGAGCGUAAGCUCCGGCCCUUCAUGGAGAAGCGCAUGGGAACUGAAGUUCCUGGUGACACGCUCGGUGAUGAAUUCAAGGGCUAUUUGUUCAAGAUUACUGGUGGAAACGAUAAGCAAGGUUUCCCCAUGAAGCAAGGCGUGCUUUUGCCCAACCGUACCAGACUCCUCCUUAGUGCAGGCCACAGCUGCUACCGGCCCCGCCGAACUGGUGAGCGCAAGCGUAAGAGCGUGCGCGGAGCCAUUACUGGAUAUGAUCUCGCCGUUAUGGCCCUCACGGUUGUCAAGCAAGGCGAAAGCGAUAUUCCCGGACUUACAGAUGUUGUGAACCCUAAGAGACUUGGUCCCAAGCGAGCCACCAAGAUCCGCAGAUUCUUCGGACUCGAUAAGAAGGAUGAUGUGAGAAAAUUUGUUAUCCGUCGCACUGUCACCCCAUCUGGAGAAGGAAAGAAGGAAUACACAAAGGCCCCCAAAAUUCAACGUCUUGUCACUCCCCAGCGCCUACAGCGCAAACGUCACAGAAUGGCACUCAAGCGCCGCCGGGCCGAGUCCGCCAAAGAGCAAGCUAAUGAAUACGCCAAACUCCUUGCUUCUCGUGUCCACGAGGAGAAGGCGAAGCGUGAUGAGCUUCGCAAGCGCCGAGCGUCCUCAAUGAGAAAGUAG